AUGGCAGCGGAGAAGAAGGAAGAAGCAUUCUCAUUCGCCAUUACGAGUGUGCAUAAAUAUACAUAUAGAAAGAUUAUAUAGAGUCUGUACGUAUCUGUCCAUUGGACAGGGGCCGAGAUGCACGUCGGGUAAACGGGCGAAUAUGUACGUAAACGUACGUACGUAGUACAGUAAGCGAGAGAAAGAGAGGAAAAACGGGGAACGAAAAGAUAAAUAAACGUGCAAAAUGGGAAAAAAUGAACGAGGCAAAUAAAAGCGUGUUGAGUUGUAUCGAGUAGCCGAUUUUUCGAGUGGUGGAGUGAGAAAAAAACGAACGAGUGUUGUGUGUGCGCGCGUAUUUGCGCGUGUGUACGUGCGUAGCGGAUUUUGCGGUAGACGUUAAGAAUCGCAGAGAUAUCACAGUGCCGCGGGAUCCCUAUCAUUGAAACACAGUGUUUAAGUAUUGCGGCUCCAUCGCGGAGAGAAACAAUAUUGUAAAGAAGGAAAAGAGAGUGGAUUGAAGUGCGAACGUUGAGAGGUGUACGUCCUUCCUCCUGGGACGCUCGCCAACUUGGACGGGAGCGUCGAGAAAGAGAGGGAGAGAGAGAGAGAGAGAGAGAAACGGCGAAGGGAAAGAAAGAGCGAGAAUCGAGUGCCUGUGUGUAGCGUGUUCGCGCGUAUGUGCGUGAACGACUGACCGCCCGCGCUCCUGCUCGGCUGUACGUGUUGGUGCGCCUAUCUCGGUAUUUGUACGUGCGUGCAACGACGGCGGGCAACGGGAGAAUAGUGCAUCGGUGGCCUACCCGACCCUCUUGCUGCUGCUAACACCAAUACAUAUUCCGGCUUAUAAAAUGCGUCUCGCGCAUCCUCGGAAUUUAUUCCCAGAGUCAAAAUAACGAGUGCGACAGACUAAAAGACGAUCAGUUCUCUCGUACAGUGAAAGAAUAAAAAGAAAAACAAAAAGAAGUAACAGUGACUACCGCGUUGUGCGCUUCGCCUUUUUUUUUCUUUUUUUUUCUUUACUUUUAUUUUACUUUCCACUGAUCGUGAACGAAUCCCGGUGUAAGAAUUUUUUUUUCGAAUUCUCGAAAGAUCAAUCUUCUAGGACUAUUCACCAGACGUCGUCACCGCAAACCACCCGUUAACCAAAAAAAAAACGAAGAGAAACUAUCCGGUAACGUCCGCUUAACCCUUAAAAUUGAUGAACUCAAUAAACUCCUGAGAUUUCAGUGCUCAGACUCACGUUUCUCUGCCUCGGAACUUGCGAGAAAUCGUCCUUCCACGGCAAUGGCGCCUUUUUAAUGAUUACCUGGUUUCGUUAAUACAAUAAAAACUGGCAGCUGAAAGCCAGAGCUUCGCUCACCUAGCCAUUCUCCGGAGUUCUAACCGGAGCUUGCAGCAGAUUUUAUGACCGAACGAGGCUGAGUACCAAGAAUCAAAGAUGUGCGAUCAAACAGAAAUUAAUUACCUGGACGGGGACAUUGUCUGGGUCAAACUCGGCGCGUGUUGGUGGCCCGGCCAAGUAACUAGCUUUCAUAACUUGCCGGAGGACAUUCAAAUAGAAUUUCAGAAAAAACCGCUCAUCGCCGCCGUCAAAUUCUUUCAGGAAGAUACUUACGAAUUCGUAAAAAACCUUCAGCAGAUCUACAAAUACAAUUGUACCCAGAAAGAUGAUUUUAUUAGAAAAGGCUUGGAUAAAUAUCGAACGAAGAGCAAAGACGGUUCGAGCUAUAUGGACAAAUUUCCCGGUGAUGUUGAAAUGGCUGAAAAGCUGACGGGAGGCGAUCCCGACAUAUUGACGAGCGAGAAAUUCUGUCGCGAGGAGAAACCGGACAUAUCAGCGUUGUUCGGUGAGAAAAAGAUUCCAAAGAAAAAGCGAGACCGGGAGGAGAUGAACAGGCGAAGCAGCGAUGGUAAUGCGGCAAUGAGAAAAAUAACGCAUCCGCGUUUUCUUCGCGAGAGCGAUCACGAGAUAAGGAUUCGUCAGCAGCCGAGCAGUCAGCCGAGUACUCCGAAAAUGGCGAGCACCGACUCGCCCCAGUACUCGUGUCACUUGUGCAAUUUCACGUCGACUCGCGUUAACGUUAUAAUAUGUCACAGAAAGAGUCAUUGCUCGGAUGGUGGGUUCGAGAGUCCGUUGGCACGAGGAAGAAUCACGGGUUACACGGCCCCGAAAAGCGCCGGUCGGCCUUCGUUACCGGCGGAGACGCAGAAGAGAAAAUACGUAAGAAAGACGAAGAGCUUGUCGAGUAAGGGAAAAAUCGGUGAAAGCGAGCCGGUUAAGAGAAAACUGAGCAAACAGGCUGAUAAAAUCACGGCUAAGAAGAAGAAAACUGAUCCGGAACUGCGGGAAAAACUUUUGGCCGACUGGGACGAUGGGAGCGACGAGGAUAUGGAUCUCGAUGCUAACAAAUCGAGCGACACAAUCUCAACGGAAAAUUCGUCGCUCACAAAUAAUUCAGUAGCUGCGAACAACAGUUCAGAAGCAAUGGAGGAAAAGGAAGAUGACGAUGGUACCGAAAUAUUGAAAGCUUCGGAAAAAUUGCUCAGAGAGACAGAAAAAUUUGCUGCUUUUCAUACGGACGACUCAUCCUCCCGGUCCUGUCGGCAAUCGAACAACAAGCAUCUGGAUGACCUCGAUUCGGAAACUGAUACGAGCACGUCGACUUUGGCGAAAGAGGAAAAAUCUCCGGUUCACAAAAAAACAAAGAAGCUCAUCGCUUCUACAGAGGACAGGAAGAGCAGCACCAGCUCUGAAAAAGACGACAAACAAUCGAGGUUUUCGUGCUUCGAUUUCGACGAGGAAGAUUUACCAGAGCCGGCCAUAACUCCUGUGAGAAAAAUACCCCGUAUUUUUGGCGAAAAAAAUACCUCCGUCAAAAAAGAGAUACUGAAAAAAUUCACUUUGAGCCAAGCGAUGAAAAGCGCUGGAGGUAAAAACGAGGCAAAAGUAGAACAACGAGCGAGCGAGGAUAAAAUAAGCGCGAAUACGCCGGAUUUUUUUGACAACAAAGAGCCCACCGCCAAAGAGAAAAAACAAGAUAAUUUAAUGGAGGAAAAAAGUACGAUUGGCGAUCGUCUCUCUGCCAAAGAAGCCAAGCAACGUGAUAAUGAGGCGAAAACUCGAGUAGAAGCCCCGACGAAGAGUGACGGCGGUGCUAACGACGGGACACGCGAGAAAAACUCGAAACCGGUGACCGUAACGGAGCUCGAAAUUGUUGAGAUAUUCGAGGUGGAAGGUGAGAAAGACGAGCGCGAGGAGGAGACCGACGAUGUUACAAAGAAAACUAUAAACUACGAAAUCGAGACUUUUUCAGUUGACGCGCUAGACAAUAAGAUUGAUGAUGAGACCAGAAGCGCUCGAAUUGAAGAGAUAAUCGGCAUAAGAAACGAUCAAACGAGAAAAGAUUCUCCCAGCAGGGAAAAAAAUUGUCCUCCGGAGAAAGAAGAAACGAUGUCGGAAUUAGCCACGACCGAAACUGAGGAUGAAACUGUUUCUGAGGUCGCUGAAUCGCUUCGCGGUAACAGUGAGAAUUCGGACACCGACGGCAAUCUCAAUCAAGCAACCUGGAGCCUCGCUUCGUCCGGCAAGUCCAAAAGUUCCACUGACAGUGCUAAAGCUUUGGAAAAACCGGUGCCCAGACGACGUGGACGACCGAGAAAAAGUUUGCCCGCCGUUGAUUCAAGCGGAAACGGUGGCGACGACUCCCCGAAGUACGAAAUAAUCGGGAAAAAAGUUGCUGCCCUCGCGAGCCGCGAUAGCGAACGUAAAACUUCGGAAUCCGACUCGGAACGUUCGUACAGCGGUCGAAGACGCAAACCCAACAAAAAAUAUCUUCAUUCGGAGCUUUACACGAGCAGUCCUGACAACAGGGCAUCCAAAACUGACGAAAGUCAAUCGGAAACGGAAGAAAAAAUCCAUAAAGAACACAAAGGCAACAGAUCACGCAGAGGAAAGAAAAAAUCGUUGAUCGGCUCUGUCGAAGGCCACGUUGAAUCGUUGGAAAAUAAAAAUACCGACCAGGAAUUCGAGUUUUAUAAUAGAACUCUCGACGCUGUCGAUGAAGCGACAAACUCAUCCAAAUUUCAAGCAAUAUCUCGUGUCAGCGAGAUUACAGAGGCGAAAACCGAUAACAUGGAAGCGGCGAGGGAAUCGAGCGUUUCGCUCGUCACGGAUUCUAGGAAGAAAUUGGACGAUGGAAUUGGAUCGCCCGUCCACAUAACCAGAUUUAUUUCUACCGGCGAUUCGGAAUCGGGAUCUCUUAAGAAUAUUCAAGAUCGAGAGACGAAGAAUGAAAAAACGAAGGAUUCUCAAGACAAAUGCGAUAAAAUGAUCAAACCUGUUACAGUGACCUCCGAGGACGUCGAAAUGCAUGCAAACGAUUCGAGGAGCGCUCCGAAAUUAGAACCGGUCAAGUCCAGCGUGGACAAACUUCCGCCGAAAAAGUCACAGAUCAAAAAAUUUGAGCUUUCGCAAAUCGAUUUACUCGACGCUUGCGAGGAACAAGUCGCGGCUGAGCAAGCUGCUGCUGAAAAACGCUCAGCGGAUGAAAAGUUAGCCGCGGAAAAAUUGGUGGCUGAGAAAUUAGCCGCGGAGAAAUUGGUGGCUGAGAAAAUAGCUGCGGAGAAAUUGGCGGCUGAGAAAUUAGCCGCCGAGAAAUUAGCGGCUGAAAAAUUAGCUGCCGAGAAAUUGGCAGCCGAGAAAUUGGCAGCCGAGAAAUUAGCAGCCGAGAAAUUGGCAGCCGAGAAAUUGGCCGAGGAGAAAAAAGCUCUUGAGAAAAUGGAAGCUGAGAAAUUGGCUGCCGAGAAAUUAGCAGCUGAGAAAGCGGAAGCUGAAAGACUAGCAAAGGAGGAAGAAGAAAGAAAAAUCGCAGCGGAGAAGAAGGCUGCGGAAGAAGCAAAAAUUGCCGCUGAAAAAUCGAAGGUCGAGGGCUGCGACGAGAAGAAAUUGGAUGACGUAAAUUCCAUGCCCGUUGCUUCAUCGGAUCAGGUUGGAGAAAUGAUAACUCAAAAUAUAAUUACGACACAAGACAAUAUCGAGUCCGUUCCGGUAUCGUCUCUGGAGAAAGUGAGCGACGCGCCCGUGACCGAUUCAACGAUGGAAACAAUUGAGGCUGUGUUAGCGAGAAUAACGAACGAGGAAGUCGUCGCCGAAACUUCAAUAACCGCAGAAUCAAAAACUCACGAGAAAGUAAAAACGAGCGAGACGAGCAAAGUAGAUAAGAAUGGACCGAAACAAGCGAGCCUAACUGCAGUCCAAAACGACGGGUCGCAACAGUUGGCUUCGCAAGCCCGUUUCAAAGGUAAAAUAACACCGGAAGUUCCAAACCCGAAGAAAGGUGCUCUCGUCGAUGAAGAAGUUCCCAUAAACUCGUUUCAAGAAGCAUUUCUGAAGACUCUACACAUAGACAAGAAAGACGAAAAAGAGGGCGAGUCGGUGGUGGAAGCUGCAGGACGAAAAUCGACGAAACAACAGGGUGUUGCCUCGUCGGGAAAUUCGGAAACUGAGCAAACGAUCGUCAUAUCGAUCGCACCUGGCAAAAACAAUGAGAGCCUAGUAACCGCUCCGAAUAGUCAAGAGGCUGAAAAAGUUGAGCCCUUGAACGCGAUGACCGAGUUCGAAGGAGUAGAAAUACUGGUGCAGGAUAAUAUUGUCCAAGUGGAGACGAGAGCGGCGGAGGAGGAAAGUAGCCAAAAUCAAAUGGACUUGGCGGCGACGCUCGUCGGCAGUGAUCUCAAGCAGGAAGCGACGAGCGCUGCUCUGUCGCUGGACCUGCAAAAAAUCCAGGACACGUUGAGCGACCGCGUGUCUACGCCCUCGCCGUCUCUGGAAACGAGCGUGCCCGUUAAGAAGCGUGAAAAGCCUCGAAUAAUCGAGAACGUAGCGUUGAAGGAGCCGAUGCAGAUCUUGAAGAAUAAAUUGUUGGAGAAACUGCCGAGUAAGUCGGCGAAGCACAAGCUCGAUGCGGAGGGCCAGAAAAAAGGUGGGGAUCCGAAGGGCAGCGGCGGCGCGCCGAGAGCGAAAAUCAUGAAAAUGGAGUCUCCCUCGGGAAACAGCAAAACCGCUGCUAGAUCACCGACGAAAACGGGCGGUUCCCAAUUCACGAUAACGAGGAAGCUUCAAGUGUUGAAAGCCGAGGAAGCCGCGACCGCGGCUGCUAUCGAAAAGGAAAAAGCAGCAGCCGCGCAGGCUCAACUGACUCAAACGAUAACGCUGCCGACCGGGGGAGAAAAGUUUAUUCAACAAAGCUCUCAGAGCUUGGCCGAUAUGGAACUCGACAUAAACUCGAUGCCGUUUGUCCUCAGCGAAGACGUACUUACGCCCGAAAGUAUUGAGCGUAUGCCCGUUGUUUUGUCCUCGAUAAUCCCGUCGUCGUCGACCUCCGCGGCACCGCCGCCGGCAACUUCUCUCGCUCUCGCGACGACCGCUCAAUUGCAAACCUCAAAUUCGGAAGUUUUUUACAAAAGCACGAGCACGAGCGAAACUACGACGACGGAGAGCAGCACGAUGACAACCGGCAAGAAGAAAAGCGGGACUCCGGCGAUAUUGAAAAACAAGGCGAAAGCAAAGCCGACGAUAACGAGCAUCAAAACUCUCGUCCCGCCGUUCUCCAGCGGCAGUGUCAAGGGGCUCAAGUUCCAGGGCCAGCAAUCCACUUCCGGCAAAGCGAUGCCGUUGAUGUCGCAGAAAAGUGCGACUCCGGGUAAAUACGUGAUCGUCCAAACCGCCGGGGGCCAACAGAUGCGCUACAGCGUUCAGGGAAAAACUGGCUUGCAGCACAAGAUCGCGAUACCAGCCGGUAAGGCAACCGGCAGCGCUCAAAUCGUUUCGCAAGGUGGCAAGGUCGUCAUCCUCACAUCAGCGCAAUCCGGGCAAACGAAAAUGUUACCUCUCAACAUAUCGAAGUCGAUGAGCGGUAAAGUACAAAAAAUUGUCAAUAACAAGGGUCAAAUUUACGCGCCGAUCAGCCCGCAAGGUAUAAUCGGUCAGAAGGCAAUCAUAGCCCCGAAAGCUGACACGAACUCGCCGACGACCUCGAAAAUCGCUCAGGGACAGAAGGUUUUGAAUGCGCAAGGGAUCAUAACGUCAAAAGGCGUACUGACGCCGAUAUCGACCUCGAAGUCCGGUCUGUUGACCACCCUGACGGGGGGUAUUCUCACCAAAGGAGGAAUAAUCACGCCGAUAAGUUCGGCUCAAUUGGGAAAAACGAUAAUCGGCGGUAAGGGCCUGGUGAGCAGCAAAGGAACAACGAUUUUGUCGCCCCUCGGUGCUCAGACUCUCGGAUCAUCGAAAGGAACGAUAAUAACUCCGAUGACCCAUACGGUCGCUGGAAAAACGAUAAUAAACGCUCAAGGGCUCGUGACGCCGAAAGGCACUGUGCUGACUCCUAUUACUGGUCAGCAAGUGAAAGCCAUCGCCGCCAAGACUCCGGCGAAAGGUGCCAAAAUCCACUAUCAACCGGUCCAACACAAGUUACAAUUGCCCAUGCUGCAAAAGUGUCAAAAAAUCCCGGUUUCAUCGAGCUCUCAAGUAAGGGCUGCUGCAGGUAGCAUCAAAUCGCCCAGCGGUACGCUCGUCUUUCAAAACACAGUCGCCUCGGGUACACAAAAAAGUCCGAGUCCCGGGGCCAAAAAAAUCGUCAGACAGAUCGCCCAGCAGACGAUUCGGUCACCGCAAACGACCACGCUGACGACGACAACGACGAACGUUUCGAUUCAACAACAGCCAGGAGUCCAAAGAGCCAAGUCUUUUACCGCUACGACACCGACGAGCGUUCAAAGAGUCACCGCUCCCCGAGCGACGGGUCGUCAAGCCAAGCCGAAAAUGGUGGUACAAAAAAUCAGCGACGCGACGCUGGUCGAUGGAAAUUCUGGUGCUAGUCCGAUCACGAAUACCCAUAGCAAGCCUAUCAUGAGCCCGACGGUCGUUGGCAACGUCGCGAAGACGCCCGUUUCCACGAAACAAACUGCCAGGACCCUCAAAACCGGUAGUAGAAACAUUCAGAAGAAUUUGUUGAACGUGAGCAGCACGAGCUCCGCGAGUCCUUCGAGCCUUGGAUCCAGUGAAACGUUGGUCGCUGGCUCAGCGCCGAUACAACAACAGGUACCACCGUCUCAACCGAUCCAAAGCUUGCCCGUCCCUCCGCUCGUGAUACCCGGCACCGAAUUGCCGAUCACCGAGGCCGAGGCCUCCGGGAAAAUCGAUAAAAAUCUCGGUAGCCUCGCCAAGGAAGUUGCGAACAAAGCAGAGCCUGUUAAGCCGACGGAUCCAACGAUCGAACAACCGAAAUUAGAGACAACCAAAGUCACCGCACAACCGCAGAUAAUGGCUCUGCCGACGGAGAGCAGCGACGGCACACAAACUUACGUGCUCGUUACGAUAGACGAACAGGGCCAGAUUCAACCGCUGGACAACAACACCCUCAUGUCUCUCGAGGGAACGACCCAAAACGCUGACGGUACGAGAACCCUCUACAUCGAUCCGAGCUCCCUCGGAGAGGCUGGAACUCUCGACAACCUCGUCAUACAAUUUGACAACGCCGCCCUGCCAAACAUCCAGGCAAACGCGGCCGAAGCGAGCCAAACGAUCGUCGCGCCGGAAACUACUUUUCCAUCGAGCGAAAUAAUACAAACAUCGAAUCAGGAUAUCCUCGCGGCUGCCCUGGCGAACACUGACUUCCAGCAGGAAAUCGGACUUCCGGACAACGCAACGAGCACCGUUAUGACAACGGGACUCACGCAAACCAGUCUGAUCAAUCAGACGAUCUUACAAUCGACGAUUAUUCCACCCACGGAGCCCAUAUCUUCGCCCUCCGUUCUCGAAACAUCGCUGACUCUUAAUCAACCGAUAAUGACGCCUCUCGAAGUUCCGAGCAGUCUGCCGAUACAAAUCGAAACGACGCCAGCGUCCGUUGUCUCGACGAUCCCCACGUCCCUCGAGUUACCAAUCACGAUAACCGAUCCGACGAUUUCUUAUAUUUCAGCAGCAGCAGCUGCUGCGGCACCGCCGAGCGAAAGCCACAUUCAAUUACCGGGCAAUUCGAUGCCCGAUAUUGGCGAAAUAAUGGAAAGUUCCGCUGGUUCCGAAAUCGUACGAACGGAUAUUCCAACGAGUACUCGAUACCUGGUUCUGCCGACUGUUGACGAGGGCAUGACGGCUAUUGAGUCGCAGGAAAAAGAAACCUGUGAAUCGCCCUCGGUCACGUACUCCGUUUCCAUCCCCGACAGUAUCGUCAUCGACAAUUCUACCGCACAAACCACACCUUCGAUGCCCAUCAUCGACGACGGAUACGUCGAAGCGACCGAGCAAAGAUUCUCCGAAGUCACCGUCAACGAGAUGCUCGUUUCAAAAGCUCCGGAGCCGGAGGGGAUCGUGGCUAGUGAAAAACUGAUCGACUCUUCUCCGAAGCACGAAUCGAACGUCGGAACGAGCUUCGAAUCUCAGGUUAAAACAGCCCAAGAUCAAGAGGAAAAAUCUGCGGCAACCGUGUCCCAGGUCGAUUCGUACGUUCCCCAGGAUGUGACCGGGGUCGAACAAAUGGUCGUCGAAGAGGAAACUAUUCCUGAGACGAAAAAAAUAUCUACGGUUGAGAAGCAAAGCGAAUGUAACGCAGCGAUGCAGGUCGACGAACAAUGUGAUCGAGUGAAUGAAACGUGCAGCUCGGUGCCAGCGGAAUCUUGUUCUUCCGAGAUGCAAGUUGAGAACGAAUCGUCGAGUAAAAUGACGAUCGAAUCCACGGAGGAAAGCCGGAAAUCACCGAUCGCUGGUGAGAUCCACGAAGAAGUAGCUACGAAUACGAUAGAAUUGAGUUGCUCUCUGAUGAGAACACACCGUACGAGCCUCGACGAGAGCAGUUUCGUAAAUCAACAAGAGCCCGAACAAAUAAACAGCUCCAAGUCUUUGGAUUCGUCGACUGGAAGUAUCGCGGGACAAGCAGCAGCAUCCGCGGGUACGAGUUUGGCCGAAGGUAGCAGCGACACCGGCAUGGUCGUCGAGGAGGCGGUCGAGAUGGAGAUUUACCCUAGUGAUGAGACGCCUGAAAUCCCGGACGGUGGUCAACAAACGGCCGCGGCUUCUUCACAGGCGGAAACGAUGAAACAAGCUUCGAGUGAAAAGGUCGAGGAUGCGGAGAACGUAACGGAGGCUAGUCAACAGGAAGAGUCGCCCUCGCAAUCGUAUGAGCAGUUUAACGCGUCGGAACAAGUGACGAGCGACUCGACGGAAACGCCUAGUCAAUCGGCGACAAAGUCCGAAAGUUCUCGGGAAGCGACGCAAUCCGUCGCGUACGAAGCGAUGGAGGUUGACGAGAAUAUUGCGACGGGUGAACCACCCACUCAAUCCUUCGAAGACACCAAGAGAAACGAGGCUUCUCAAUCGUACGAGCCGAGCGUUGAGUUGAACACGAACGCUCCGACUCAAUCGUUCAACGAAAUAAUGCAGUGUCAGCAGCAGCAACAGCAACAACAGCAUCAGCAGCAGCAACAGCAGCAGCAAGAGGGGGAAGAGCCUUCGACCGCGGGAGACCCGAUCGACGAUCAGAGUUUUCCAACGCAGAGUUACGAGGUCGAUAAAAUUGACAAUCAUCCGGAAAAUCUCGAGAGCGACGCCUCCUCGGCGAUCGGUCAAGAGGGUAACAUACCGUCGCAAUCGAACGACAUCGGUAACGACGGGAUCGGCACCUCCUCCGUAUCGAUAAACAAUUCCGGAUUGAACGAGGACGAGACCGCGAGCUCUUCGUACGUGCCCGAGACACCGGAGAACCAGGAACGCGAUCAGGACCAGGAAAGCGCGAUAAGCACUUCCUCGUACGAGAUCCCCCCUUGCGAGGAGCUCAACAUCGCUUCCUCGAGCGUCAUUCCCGAUACCUCGGUCCGGGGCGAGCACAUGAGUAUACACGACAACGGAGUCCCCGAAAUUCCUACCUCCUCGUACAAUCUCAAUCCUGACAGCAGUUCGACCUCCCACGUGGAUACAUUGCCAACUUCGAGUUACGAAGAGGACCAGGUUAUAGUCGAACAGAACGUUUCCACUUCGUACGAAGUACCGAUCUCGAUGCCCGGAGGCAUCGAGGAGAAUUCCUCGCAAAAUUUCGUCACCGAGAGCACCGAUCACCGGAACGAGCCGACCAGUUAUUACGCUCGUCAUCCGGAAGUAUCCGCGAGUUAUUACGAAGCGGCGAAUCAAGACUCGAAUUCGAGGCUCGAGGCUGAUCCCCAGGAGGAAGUAACGCCCAGUUACUACGAGCAACCUCAGGACAUAACUUCCGAAGCGAGUCAGAGUUACUUCAGACCUACGCCUCGUUACUCGGCCCGAAGCGUGUCGCCGAGUUACUACGAGCCAACACCGGAAACCGAGGCGAGCCAAAGCAGUUACUACUCCCACGAGAUCGAAACGAGAGAACAAUCCUCCUCUCGGAACGUCGAGGCCUCCCAAAGCUUUUAUCAAGAAACGAGCGACGAGAGAAGACUCCGGCAACAGGGCGAAGCCACGCCGACCUACACCGAGAGAUAUCCCGUCGAUUACGCCCUCGCUAAUUCGCCUAUCGAGAGGCACGACUUGGUUGAGAGUUCGGUACCGGCUACGAGGCCUACCGAGAGGGAUGAUCGAGCGUGAUAUCCGUCGAUGGAUGUUGGAGAUCUCGAGAUUACUUUCAAGUGUACAUAGAAACAGAAGAAAAUAAUCACAAAAAAACGAUGUUCGUAAGUUGCUAGACUUAAGACUAAAAUUAGAUUCUUAUAAUUUAUACCUAUAUUAAUGAGUAAUUGCAGAUAUGUGUAUAUAUAUAUAUAUAUAUAUAUACAAAUUAUAUAUACAUAUACACAUGAAUAUAUAUAUAAAUAUAUUAUAAUAUACUUUGUCGAGCACGGAUUUAAUCCGUUGACGAAUUCUAUCACACAAGAAGCAGCACUGUAGAUUACGAGCUGAAGAAUUUGCGUGGCUUUCGUUGUAACAGUGACAUUUAUUCAUUUUUCUUUUUUGCAACGAUCCUCCUUUUUAUGUUUCAUUAGAAAGAGAGAGAGAGAGAGACCGUUGUACGAUCUGCAAAUGAAUUUUAUUUGCUCUGUAAAAGAAAGGGAGCGAUUUUGAAAUAGUCCUCUGAAGCCUCGAUCUGAUGUCUGGAUUUUUUUUAUUUUUUGUUAAUCGGUGAUGGAAUCGUUGCAACGAAACUCUCGCUCUUUGUUUUUCGACGAAGAGAGGGGAAGGGAGCUUUUCAUAGAAUUUGAAAUAUUCAAAUCUAUCGACAAAAUUUGUGAAAUGAUUUAGAGCACGAUUCGCACAAAGCUCUCGUACCGGCAGUACAACCGACAGAAACAAACAUUGACGUGUCUCCCGAAAGGCUUGAACAUGCCAUAUAAAGUUUCUUUGCUUUUAUUCGAACAAAAUAAUAAUUUACGUACGUAGAUUCGAGAAUGAGAAACCGAGAAAUUAUUAGUUCGUUUGAAUCGGUCUACGUGACGAUAAGACGAUGCAAUAUCGUACAAGGCAAUAUUUUCAAAAUAUAUUUCUUGACGGAAAGUGGUAUCUCGGGCCGCAGAAAAUGACAAAAAGAUAACAAAAAGGCGUUAAGAGCGCGAGAAACAAGAUCUGGCGAUGGUCGAAUUUGUACGUAUGCUCGAGUGUCAAAUUCUUAUUUUUCGCUCAAUGCUAUGUUCCAACGUUUAUUUCUGUUUUAAUCCCCCCCCCAUGUUAUAGGAUGUAAUCACGUAAAAGCGAAGAUGAAUGAUUAUUGAGCGAGGCAAGACUUAGCUUUGAUAGUUAUAAUGAUAUUUACGUUGUAGGGAAAAAUAGCGUAUAAAUCUUUAUGAAAUAAAAUAUGCAAGAAAGAAGAAAAGAUGAAUAAUGAGAGAAGCCUAUUUUAUUUUAAUUUUCACACUGUGUAAUCUGGGUGUUAACGAGAUAAUAUAAGAGACGAAAAUAUUAAAAGGGGUUGUGUGUGUGUUUUUUUCUCGUUUUUCUUCCUAAUAGAAAAAAUGUCCUGUUCGACCGAUCGGCUAAAAAACGCUCAAAUAUUCGGCUCUAGACGGCCAAACUUUACCACCAAAUUGUGUCUGGACAUGGAAAAAAUAAUAAAAUGAUAUUUUCUGUGCACGUUUUUUAAUCUCGACUCGCGUACACGUUUCACGGUGACAGAUGAACAAUUUAAAAAUACGGUUAUCGUCGAAACAGAAAUAACAAAAUUAACGACUUUAUACUACUUGAUAAUGUUGCAUGAAAAAUUUUCUCAUAUCCCGUCUGUCUUUUAUACCGGGAACUUUUCGAACACGACGAAUUUUCUAAAGAUCCCAAGCGAUCGAUACAUUAUAUUAUAUUCUUUAUAGUCUCAUGUUAUUCAAAAUAAAUGUUUUUAUUUUUUCGUGGCAUUGUUAAAUCAUGGUCACACGUGUAAAUAUUAUGUUAAUAUUCAAAAGAGGGAGAGCGAGAGAUAUGUGCAUUAUUCAUACUACUUCGUCCCGCCAAUGUUCAAGUGUAAUAGAAUACGAAUCUUCUUUUUUUUUUGUUUUUUUUUUCAUAUACAAAAUUUGAAUUACGAAUAAUUGGAUUGUUGAUGUCCUCUCUUACAUCUCCUCAUUCCUAGUUUACCAUUGACGUAAAGAGUUUCAUUAUUGCCGGACGAAAGAUAAAAACUGCGUUCCUAUGUUCCGAGUAAAUUAUAGAAUGAGGAAUACAAACGAAAGAAAUUGAAGAAACGAAAAAAAAAAAACCAAAUUGUUACGUUUUCUAUGAAACUUUCUGGUAAUGUCGGAUCAAACGAACUAGUGUCUGUGCUACGUCGAAUAAAUACAUGAAACGGUGGAUUUAAUGAAUAAAAAAACGGUUAAAUUACAACCGUAUCAAUUACAACUUCAUAUUUUCGAACACUAACAAUAUUACUUUUUAAUUUCUACAGUGUGCACCACAUACGCAAAUGUAAAACUAUGAAAUAAAAAUAAAUAUACGAAUAUUUACGUAACAAA